AUGAAGCCACUAAAACUCCAACCAUUGUUACUCUUAUCACUAGUUGUCUCAUUCAUUAUCAAUGACGGUUGUUCCUUUGUCGCUGCGUUUCAGCAGCAGCCAAGCUCCUUUCGAGAAUUGGCUUCAUCUUUUUCACCGCCAAAGGCUUGCGUUGACGACCGAAUAAGCUUUGCUGGGGAUUAUAUGGAGGAGUCAGCGGCUGCAUCGCGUCGUCAAUUUCUGAAGCAAUCAGUGCUUCUUGGUGGCGGGGCUCUUACUUCUACAAUCUGUACACCCCAAAGCGAGGUAGCUUUUGCGGCCUCUGACUCUUCCAUAUUUCCUGGCUCAUCGGCAUCGUCAGUCGAACUGGAAAGUGGACUGCUGGAGAGUCGUGUGAUGGAGGACUUGCUUAGUCCACCAACUUAUGGACUAGAGAUUCCUGAUAUUUAUUACCCAUCGUACUUUGCUGGUGUCUGGGGUACUUCAUCAGUGGGCACCAAUGUCGAAGCGCCCUGUGGGAUUCCUCUCUUUGGUGGCAAUCGAACCUAUGCGGCAGCCAAGAACGAAAUUGGAGAAACCAAUGCCUUAAAGUAUCGAGCUCGCUUUGUGACAUCAUCCGACCGGGAUGCUGCAAUUGCCGAUCGUGAAUUCAAUGUCCGUGAGAUUGCCAAGGCCACAAUGGGAGCCAACAGUGUCGUGGACGUCCCAUUGGCCACUCCCAACAAGUUUUGUUGCUUGUUGGCACCAGCUGGAUCUCCCAAUCUACUUACUGUCGAUAUCAUUGCCCUUGCUCGGCGACAAGAAAACAAUGAGAAAACCUUUGAUUGUAGUGAAGUAGUCCGACAGAUUGUGGCACCUGCCAAUCAAAACAAACCGCAGGCUGGAAUCCCAACCGCUGGAACCAAUAAGGGUGGGGUCCCCACAUUGCUCAAGGAAAUUGAGACUGUAUCUCUUUACACUCCCGGCCCAUUAAUCAAUGGUCAAGUUCAGACUAUUAAGUGCCGGCAGCGGACGGCCACCUUUUUGCUACCCAGUCAAGACGAUCCUGUGGCCUAUCAAAUGUGGCAAAUGACACGUGGACGACCGAUUGAUGUUCGAUUUUACGAUGUCACCUAUACGAGACAAUCAUAA